AUUUCAGUUUAGUUUUAAUUGCGCUCGUAAACGGUUCAGUUCAAUCCGAUCAGCUCCAACGGACACCUGUUCUUAAAAGCCAUUAGAAUUCCCUUUUUUGGGCUGUCAAGACUUUUACGCGCUUAGCUAAAUUCUACAGCAAUAUCCAAUUCAGGGCCUGCUGACCCCUGACCCCAGACUGGACAUGGUCUACCCCAGUGACACGUCGGACGCCAACAACGAGGAGCUGGCGCUGGAGCACAGUGCCGCACGUGGCAAUGUCCAUGGCAACGGCAACGGCAACGGAACUGGCACUGGCAGCGCGGCCGGGACCACAACUGCUCCGAACGGGGACAACAAAAUCAAUCAGCGCCACUACGAGCCGGCCGAGCGCUUCAUCAUCACCAAAAAUGUGGUCGUGAUAGGCCUGGCUUUCAUGAUUCACUUCACGGCCUUCCACGGCACAUCGAACCUGCAGAGCUCGGUGAACGCGGAUAAGGCCCUGGGCACCACCACGCUGGCUGUCAUCUACGGCUCGCUGAUACUGUCCAACAUCUUCCUGCCGAUGACCGUGAUAAGAUGGUUCGGCUGCCGGUUGACCAUGGCGUUGGCCCUCUUCGCCUACAUGCCCUACAUAGCCGCCCAGUUUUAUCCGCGCUUCGAGACCCUGAUCCCGGCGGCCCUGAUGGUGGGCUUCGGUGGCGGCCCGCUGUGGUGCUCCAAGUGCACCUACCUCUCCACCGUCUCGGAGGCACUUACCCAGGUGCGGGGCAACAAGUCGCGCAAGGAUGUGAACACCGUCAAGUUCUUUGGCCUGUUCUUCAUCUUCUACCAGAUGGCCCAGGUGUGGGGCAACCUCAUCUCCUCCUCUGUUCUCACCCUGAGUGCUCCUGCUGCCCAAUCCCCGGCAAACGACUCAUUCGAUUUAGGAGUGCAGCGGGAACUGGAGAGAACCAGGGUGGCCGAGCUCUGCGGGGCCCGCUUCUGUCCCGGAGUGGGAGCAGAGGCGAAUCCGAACCUGGUGCCCCCCGCUCCGGAGCAAAUCCAGCUGCUCAACUCCAUCUUCCUCACCUGCAUGGCGGCCGCGGUGGUCAUGAUGAUCUUCGGCGUGAGCUCCCUCAAGCGCUACGGAGUAAAGCGCGGUGAUACUGGCGACGGAAUGUCGGGGCUGAAGCUCCUCACGGUGACCAUAAAUCUCUUGCGCAAACGUCGCCAGAUCCUGAUGCUGCCCAUCACGAUGUUCAUCGGGCUGGAGGAGGCCUUUCUGGCCGUCGACUUCACCCGUUCGUUUGUGGCCUGCGGUUGGGGCAUCUCCCGGAUCGGCUUCGCCAUGAUAUGCUUUGGCGUGGCGAAUGCGGUGGCUGCCGGGAUCGCAGGCGCCCUGGUGGAGCGCAUCGGACGAGUCAGCCUGGCCGGACUGUGUGCCGUGGUCAAUCUCUGCCUGCUCACCUACAUGUACAACUGGGAAGCGCGGGAGGGCGACUACUUGAGCUACUGCACCUUUGCGGCCAUUUGGGGCAUCUGCGAUGGAGUCUGGCUGGUUGUGGUCAAUGCUUUUUAUGGCAUCCUCUUUCCGAACCAUCUGAUUGCCGCUUAUAGCAACUUCCGCCUGUGGGAAAGCACUGGUUCUGUUAUCGGCUACGUCAUCAGUUCGCAGCUCUGCACCUCCACGAAAUUGGUGAUUUUAAUUGUUUUUAUUUUAGUAGGCUGCGUGGGAUAUGGCCUCAUCGAGUACCGCUUUUGGCGAAAGCAAAAGAACUUGGAAGUCAUGCUGAGUGACUGAUUAGCACUUUAAGGCUAAUUCCAUAUCUUGCCAUUUACAUUUAAAUUUACCUAUUUCCCCCACAUUGAGCUUGAAUUGGAUCCAGAGAUAAGAUGUUGUCUUAUGUGAUAUUGCCAAAUAUUGUUAGGAAAUUCGUUAAUUUCGUUACUGAAUAAAACCAAGUUUGUUUUAAUUUUUUAAA